AUGGUGAGGGGAGUAGAAACAUUGAAGACUGUACUGCAGUGGCCUGAUUACAGUUCAUGCUAUAGACGAAAAAAGUUAUUCUCUGUUCUGAGUGAGUCUGGCAAAACUUCCUCAUUCAUUGAUGAUAUAUCCAUAGUAAAACUGUAUGCCUCUGAGUCCACUAAUGCAAUUCCAGUGACCUCUGAUGAUGAAGCACUUGCAAAGACCAUAAAGGAGGUGAAGAAUGACGAGGUAAAUUUUAUCUGGACUCGGUUUUCAGAGCUACGCUCAUACAUGAAGGAUGCUAAAGGCUUGUAUAAAAGACUUAUAGAUACGAUGGGAUCACGAGCAUGUGAGAACAACUUUGAUAAUCAGGAAGACUCCCUGUUGAGAGCACCUGCUGAAGUGAAGGAAAUUCUGGCUCGUAUGGAUGCUAGAAUUCAUAAUCUGUAUAUGUCAUUACCCACCAAUGCUCAGAUGAUAAUUUUCACUGGUCAUGAAGACACUGCUUUUGUUCGCUGGUAG